AUGAACAGGAACUUCAACUACGGGCCGGCGGGGCAGGCGCUGGGGUUCGACGGGCUGCGGUACCCGGAGCUGGUGGCCAACUGCUCCGACACGGCGUACCAGACGGCGCUGUGGUUCUGGAUGACGCCCAGGGAGGCCAAGCCGUCGUGCCACCAGGUGAUGGUCGGCGAGUACUGCCCCAGCCGGGCCGACGUCGCCGCGAACCGCACGGCCGGGUUCGGGCUGGUCACCAACAUCGUCAACGGCGGCCUCGAGUGCAACAUCACCGAGGACGCGCGGGUCAACAACCGGAUCGGCUUCUACCGGCGGUACUGCCAGGUCCUCGGCGUCGACGUCGGGCCCAACCUCGACUGCGCGCACCAGCUCCCGUACUAG